UUCGUUGUUCAGAGUGCAACAGCAACGCAGCAACGCAGCAACACAGCAACACAAAGCAAUGGAGCGUUGGCGCAACAAAGUGGCCAUCGUGAGCGGCGCCAGCUCAGGGAUUGGAGCGGCAUGUGCUCGAAGUUUGGUGCUCGCCGGACUCCAGGUGGUGGGCUUGGCUCGCCGCCAGCAGCGAGUGGAGCAGCUGCGCGAUGAGCUGCAGACGGCGGAGCAACGUCAGAGAUUGCAUGCACUGCGAUGCGACAUCAGGCAGGAGACGGAGGUGGUGGAGGCAUUUCGCUGGGCACGAGACCAACUGGGCGGUGUCCAUGUGCUGGUGAGCAAUGCGGGCGUCAUGGCGACAACAGAGUUGAGCGGUGCUGAAAAUACGUCGGCGAUACGUGAGACCAUCGAGACGAACAUCAUGGGCGGCGUUUAUUGCGUACGCGAAGCAUUCCAGACCAUGAAGCAGCAGCGGGUGGAGGGAUUGCCCGAAGGAGAGCAAGGCGAAGGAGUGGGAGCCGCUGGCGAGUUGGGCUGUGGCAUGCAGGAGGGUCAUGUGAUCAUCAUCAAUAGUGUGGCCGGGCAGCAGGUGCCCAAUUUGGGGCCUCAGCUGCCGUCGCUCAACAUUUAUCCAGCGACAAAGUUUGCUCUGCGCGCCAUGCAGGAGAUCUAUCGCCAGGAGUUUCAGCGCCACAAGACGCGUGUUCGUGUCUCGACCAUCAGUCCAGGUAUUGUUGAUACGGACAUUUUGCCAGCGCAGUUGCAAGGCGUCAUCAAGGAGCACAUGCCCAUGUUGAGCUCGAUGGAUGUGGCCGACGCAAUGCUGUGGAUACUCAGCACGCCGCCGAAUGUGCAAGUGCAAAACAUCACAAUCAAGCCGCAGGGUGAAAAGUUCUAACUAGACGCAGCAUCGACAACCCUUCGCAAAAA